AUGGAUGUUGCAGCACUGCGGAACCGCAUCCAGGCUACACUUGACGCCAAUGCGGACAAUCGUCGACAAGCGGAGAUUGAUUUGAAAUAUGCCGAGACGCAACCGGGUUUUAUAAACGCCUUGUUGGAUAUCCUGCAGGGGGAGCAGGUCAAUGCCGUCCAACUAUCGGCGGGUGUGUAUCUGAAGAAUCGAAUCAACCGAGGAUGGUCCCCGCACGAAGAGAGCCCGCUGCGCGCACCGAUCCCCGAUGAAGAGAAGCCGGGCUUCCGAGAGAGGCUGAUCCCGGCCUUGGUAUCUACGCCUCCCAACGUUCGCGCCCAGCUAGUCCCUCUCCUCCAGAAGAUCCUGCAGCAUGACUUCCCCGAACAAUGGCCCGGGUUCCUGGAUAUCACCAUGCAAUUACUGGGUACAAACGAUGCGAGCUCGGUCUACGCGGGUCUACAGUGUCUGUUGGCUAUCUGCCGCGUGUAUCGGUUCAAGGCGGGCGACAAGCGGGAUGAGUUUGACAAGAUCAUUGAACAUUCGUUCCCUCAGCUGCUGAGCAUCGGAUCGAAACUGGUCGAUGAGGAGAGUUUGGAGGCGGCGGAGAUGCUCCGGAUUGUGGUGAAGUCAUACAAGCAUGCUAUUUACUUUGAGCUUUCACCGCACCUGCAGUCGCAUCAGGCGACAGUCGACUGGUGCACUUUGUUCCUGCGCAUUAUCGCCAAGAACCCCCCUGCAAACUCGAUGAUGGAAUCAAAGGAGGAGCGCGAGCUCAACCACUGGUGGAAGUGCAAGAAAUGGGCCUACGCCAACCUGAACCGUCUAUUCAUCAGAUAUGGAAACCCCACCACCAUCACGAAAUCUAGCACCCCAGACUACUCCCAGUUUGCCAAGGCUUUCAUCUCAACUUUUGCGCCGGAGAUUCUCAAGGGCUAUCUGCAAGAGAUUGACAAAUAUGUCUCCAAGGGGCAGUGGCUCAGCAAUCCUGCUCUUUCUUAUACUCUGAUCUUCUUCGAGGAAUGCGUCAAGCCCAAGUCCAUGUGGGAUCACCUCAAGGCGCACAUGGAUAACUUGAUUGCCCACUUUGUCUUCCCUAUUCUUUGCCAAACAGACGAUGACAUUGAGCUGUUCCAGACCGACCCGUCCGAGUACCUUCACCGAAAGCUAAACUACUACGAGGAGGUCUCGGCUCCUGAUGUCGCGGCUACGAAUUUCUUGGUCACCUUGACCAAGAACCGCAAGAAGCAGACGUUUUCGAUCCUCACAUUUGUCAACGGUGUCGUUAGCAAGUAUGAGGCUGCUCCCGAUGACCAGAAGCAGCCGCGGGAAAAGGAGGGUGCUCUCCGAAUGAUUGGUUCUCUCGCAUCUGUCAUUCUUGGAAAGAAGAGUCCGAUUGCGGACCAGGUCGAAUAUUUUUUCGUUCGACACGUUUUCCCCGAAUUCCGCAGCCCUCACGGAUUCCUCCGUGCGCGUGCCUGCGACACUUUGGAGAAAUUCGAACAGCUUGACUUCAAGGACCCCAAUAACCUGAUGAUCAUUUACCGAAACAUCCUCGAGUCCAUGACGGACACUGAACUGCCCGUCAGAGUGGAGGCCGCCCUCGCUCUCCAGCCUCUCAUCCGACACGAUGUCAUCCGUACCUCCAUGCAGCAGAACAUUCCCCAGAUUAUGCAGCAACUUCUCAAGCUCGCCAAUGAAGUUGACGUUGAUGCUCUGGCUAAUGUGAUGGAAGACUUUGUCGAAGUCUUUUCUGCAGAGCUUACUCCUUUCGCCGUGGCCCUCAGCGAACAGCUGCGCGAUACCUAUAUGCGCAUUGUCGGCGAGCUACUGGAGCGGAAUGCCGCCAAGGGCGAGGAAGACACCUAUGGUGACUUCUUGGACGACAAGAGCAUUACUGCUCUCGGUGUUUUGCAGACAAUCGGCACCCUUAUUCUUACUCUGGAGAGCACACCCGACGUGCUCCUUCAUCUCGAAACUAUUCUCAUGCCUGUCAUUAGCAUCACCCUCGAGAACAAGCUCUACGAUCUGUACAACGAAGUUUUCGAAAUUAUCGACAGCUGCACAUUCGCUUCCAAGUCCAUCUCCCCCACCAUGUGGCAGGCCUUUGAGCUCAUCCACAAGACUUUCAAGGCUGGAGCCGAGCUGUAUCUGGAAGACAUGCUACCCGCGCUGGACAACUACGUCGCCUACGGUUCUCAAAUGAUGGUUCAAAACCCCAACUACCUUGCCGCUGUUGUCAGCAUGGUCGAGGACAUUUUCCGUGACGAGAAAGUGGGUGGUGUUGACAGAAUCUGCGGGUGCAAGCUUGCCGAGACUGUUAUGCUGAACCUGCGUGGCUACAUUGACCAGUACAUUCCUGUCUUUAUCGAACUCGCCAUGAACGUCAUCGAUGCGGGCGAGGCGCGGACAAAAUCGUACCGUCUCCACCUAAUGGAGAUGAUCAUCAACGCCAUCUACUACAACCCUGUUCUCAGUCUGCAGGUCCUCGAAGCCAAGGGCUGGACCAACAAAUUCUUCAGCACUUGGUUCUCCAACAUUGACAACUUCCGACGUGUCCACGACAAGACCCUUUCGAUCGUCGCUAUCAGCUCGCUGCUUACACUCAAGGCCGACAAUGUCCCGGCCAGCGUACAGCAGGGCUGGCCCAGGUUGCUCCAAGGUGUCACCAGGCUGUUCCAGACACUGCCUGCCGCUAUCAAGAACCGCGAAGAGGCAACCAAGGAGUCGGACUUUGUAUAUGAUGAUGACGAGGAUGAGGACGAGGGCAACGACUGGGACGGAGAGGUUGAGUGGACCGAGCAGGAUGAGGCCGAGGCUGGGCCUGAGGGUGAUAUUCCCGACGAGAGUGCCGCUUACCUUGACUUUUUGAACAAAGAGGCGCAAAAGUUUGGCUCUUUCGCUGGCGAUGAAGAGGAUGAUGAGCUUGACGAGGAGAGCUUACUCGAAACUCCUUUGGACAAGGUCGAGCCUUAUGGAUUCUUCAAACAAGUGUUUUUGGGUCUCCAACAAGAACAACCGCAACUUUAUGACAACUUGACGAAUAUUCUAAGCGCGGAAGAGAAGCAGGUCAUCGAGUCUGUUUUCCACGAAGCGGAUGCAAAGGCUCUCGCCGCGGCCAAUGACGAGGCUGCCAAAGCUGCCGCUCAAGCCAACGGAAACCAAUAG